CCCAUCUCUAACCUCUCAUCUCUACUACUCAUCCCAACAUGGACGCAACGAACCAGCGUCAAGCGCCUGCCGCGCCCCGCCGUUACGAUGGUCAAAACGGCAACCCCAUGUACGACGCCGCGAAUGGUGGUCAUUAUGGUGCUUCCGCGUCAAUCGCCGCCCAGGGUCAAGCGCCCGAUCCACAGCUAUUCGUUGGUCCAUGGUCGAAUGUCAAUCAAGGCUUGGCAAAUUCCUAUCGUGAUAUCCUCAACACCUACUGGCAACAGCAGGUCACCAAGUUGGAGACGGACGAACAUGAUUACAAGAUGCAUCAGCUUCCGCUGGCUCGCAUCAAAAAGGUGAUGAAGGCUGAUCCGGAAGUAAAGAUGAUCUCUGCCGAAGCCCCCAUUUUGUUCGCCAAAGGGUGUGACAUAUUCAUCACUGAAUUGACCAUGCGAGCCUGGAUACACGCAGAAGAAAACAAACGUCGCACUUUGCAGCGCUCCGAUAUCGCCGCGGCACUAUCGAAGUCUGACAUGUUCGACUUCCUGAUUGAUAUAGUCCCUCGAGAAGAGGCGCAGACUCACAAGCGCAGUGGCGGACAGAGCACUGCCGCGGUGCAGUCGUCGGCCCAUUCCGUGCCAGCAGGUGCCCUCGCUCAACAGGGUGUUCACCAACAGCAUCAAAUGGCUCCCCCAGACUACGGCAUGGGCCAGCACAUGCAGCAGCCAGAAGAGUUUCGUCAGCCCGUUAUGUACCCUGGCGCUGUUCAAGGCGACCCCAAUGCCUACGGCCAGCAGGGAAUAUUUGACCAGACCUACGGAGUCUACCCCAGUAUGGCGCAACAGAACUCAAUGUAUCCUUCGGGUCCGCGAGAUACUGGCAACGACGCAGAUGCGGAGGGCGAGAGGGAAGACUUUGGGCCCUGA